AUGUCUUUUAAUUUCGGAGUCAGCAACUUAACAACAGGCAACAAUCAAUCAUCGUAUAAAGACAAACCCGUAUCAAAGUCACUACCACUCUACUACAAAGAUAAAUCACCGUUCCAUCCAAAACAACCACAUAGUAAACGAAGGAAGAAGCUAUUCAUGUUGUUGAAAGGUUUCAUAUACUCACUAGGCUUGUACCUUGUCUACCAUCUUGCUAAAAAUCACUUAUUCCUGUCAUCAGACUCUUCGCUUGUGUUUAAUGUUUUCAACUCAGGUACCCCGUCAUGGAAAACCGCACAACAAGAAGUUCGACAGGCAAUGUUGGACUCUUGGCAUUCGUACGAAAAGUAUGCUUGGGGAUACGAUGUGUACCAUCCUAUCAAGCAUAAAGGAGAAAAUAUGGGUCCAAAGCCAUUGGGAUGGAUGGUUGUUGACUCUAUAGACACAUUGAUGAUUAUGGAUUGUAAAGAAGAAGUUGACCGCGCUAGAAAAUGGAUUAAAGACGAUUUGGACUACAAAUUCGACUACGAAGUAAACAAUUUUGAAACUACUAUAAGAAUGUUGGGAGGUUUGCUAGCAGCAUUUCAUUUGAGUGGGAAUGAUGACGUCUAUCUCGACAAAGCUGUUGGUUUGGCCAAUUCCUUGCACGGUGCGUAUGAUAGUCCCUCGGGAAUUCCUUACUCUUCGGUCAACUUAAAAACCGGCGUUGGUAUUAAGAAUCAUAUGGAUAGUGGUGCAUCUUCUACCGCAGAGGCCGCCACGGUACAAUUAGAGUUGAAGUAUUUGGCUAAACUAACCGGUGAGAUUGAUUGGUGGGAGAAAGCAGAGAAAGUGAUGCAAGUUCUCGAGUCAAAUAAACCGAAAGAUGGGUUGGUACCUAUUUAUGUUAAUGCAGACACUGGAAAUUACCAAGGUAACUUGAUCAGAUUAGGAAGCAGGGGCGAUUCAUACUAUGAGUAUCUUUUGAAGCAGUAUUUACAAACAAGCGAGGGAGAACCGAUAUAUUACGAUUUGUAUCGUGAAUCAGUCGAAGGGGUAAAGAAACACCUAGUCAGACAGUCCUAUCCAAACAAGUUGACCUUUGUUGGUGAAUUAGAGAGAGGUAUUGGCGGUCCAUUCUCACCGAAAAUGGAUCAUUUAGUAUGCUUCUAUGGUGGAUUGUUAGCUGUAGGCGCCACCAAUGGGUUGCCAUUGAAAGAAGCGCAAGAGCAGCAAUGGUGGAAUGAGGAAAGAGCACUGGAUUUCAAAUUUGGUGAAGAUUUGACAUAUACCUGUUAUAAAAUGUAUCAUGACGUAUCACCCACUGGAUUGUCUCCUGAAAUUGUUGUUUUUAACGAAGAUACAACAAACGCGCAUGAUUUUAGAAUAAAGCCAUUGGAUAGGCAUAAUUUGCAGAGACCAGAGACUGUUGAGUCGUUGUUUUACCUUUAUAGAUUGACUGGAGAUGAAAAGUAUCGUCAAUGGGGGUAUGAGAUUUUCCAGAGCUUUAUCAAAUACACCAAGAUAGUAAAUCAGCAUGGUGAGGUUAGCUUUAGCUCGUUGAGCGAUGUCACUAGCUUGAAUGCAGAUGGCACACCAAAGUUCAAAGAUAACACAGAAAGCUUUUGGUUUGCCGAAACCUUAAAGUAUUUGUACUUGUUAUUUGAUGACGAAAAUAAACUUCCGUUGACAGAGUACGUGUUUAACACGGAAGCGCACCCUUUCCCAAAAUUCAAAAUCAAUGAUCAUUUGAAAACAGGGUGGAAAAGAAAAGUUGAUGAAUCAACCAGGCCACAAAUGAGGGAAAAUCAGGUGAAUACCGGCUCCAAACAGAAAAUUCCUCAAGCACAACCCGUUGAUGACUCCAUUGAAAAGGAAGUUGAAAGCGCUUUGAAGGAGAAUCCAAAGUUGGCUAAAGAAGCUAAGGAGGAUACCAAGAAGAAAUUGAACGAACUUGUCAAGGAGUUGCAAUAG